AUGCUGGUGGGGCGCGUCCCGCGGCGGGGCAGCCCCGCGCCCCCCGCGCCGCCCCUCCGCAGCCGCAGCAGCCGCCGCCGCCGCCGCGCCGCGAUGCCGGCGGCGGGGCGCGGGCAGCCCGCCUCCUGGCUCCUGGUGCUGGGCGCCGCCGCCCCCGCCCUCUGGCUGCGCUGCGUCCUCGCCGACUUCACGGUGGACAACGAGGUGCACUCCAGCUUCAUCCACCGGCGGCUGCGCGGCCCCGAGCGCCGCGAGAUGCAGCGGGAGAUCCUCUCCAUCCUCGGCCUGCCGCACCGCCCGCGGCCCCACCUCCACGGCAAGCACAACUCGGCCCCCAUGUUCAUGCUGGACCUCUACAAUGCCAUGUCCGUGGAGGAGGGGGCGGCGGGGGCCGCCGGGGAGGAGGGCGAGGGCUUCUCCUACCCCUACAAGCCCAUCUUCAGCACCCAGGGGCCGCCCCUGGCCAGCCUGCAGGACAGCAACUUCCUCACCGAGGCUGACAUGGUCAUGAGCUUCGUCAACUUGGUGGAGCAUGACAGAGAGUUUCACCAUCAGCGCUGCCACUACCGAGAGUUCAGGUUUGAUCUCUCCAGAAUCCCAGAGGGGGAAGCGGUGACGGCUGCCGAGUUCAGGAUAUAUAAGGAUUACAUCCGCGAACGCUUCGAUAAUGAAACGUUCCAGAUUAGUGUCUACCAGGUACUCCAGGAGCACCCGGGAAGGGAUUCAGAUUUAUUCCUGCUCGACUCUCGAACAAUCUGGGCUGCAGAAGAAGGGUGGCUGGUGUUUGACAUUACUGCAACCAGUAAUCACUGGGUGGUGAAUCCCCAACACAAUCUUGGCCUGCAGCUAUCCGUGGAAGGCAUCGAUGGGCAAAGCAUCAAUCCCAAACUAGCGGGUCUUAUUGGAAGGCACGGCCCGCAGAACAAGCAGCCGUUCACGGUAGCCUUCUUCAAAGCCACCGAGGUCCAUCUCCGCAGUAUUCGCUCCACGGGAGGGAAGCAAAGGAGCCAGAAUCGAUCAAAAACGCCAAAGAACCAGGAAGCUUUCCGGGUGUCGAACAUCGCAGAGAACAGCAGCAGUGACCAGCGACAAGCCUGCAAGAAGCACGAGCUCUACGUCAGCUUCAGGGACCUAGGGUGGCAGGACUGGAUCAUCGCUCCAGAGGGCUAUGCUGCAUAUUACUGUGAAGGAGAAUGUGCUUUCCCGUUGAAUUCAUACAUGAAUGCUACAAAUCAUGCCAUUGUACAGACACUGGUUCACUUUAUAAACCCAGAGACUGUGCCGAAGCCCUGCUGUGCUCCUACACAACUCAAUGCCAUCUCAGUACUCUAUUUUGAUGACAGCUCCAAUGUUAUCUUAAAAAAAUACAGGAACAUGGUGGUACGAGCAUGUGGCUGUCAUUAGAUUUGUAGGAAAGAAAAAAAAAAAGAAGUUAUUUGUAAAGAGUGGUUUUGUACGGCUAUGUGGGGGAGGGGAAAAGGUUAGCACUCCAGCAAUGGGUUUAAAAAAAUCCCAAACAGUUUUUAGGACCAGGCUUCUGAAAGUUCAGACAAUGGAACAGUUUCUGGAUCUAAGUGGCAUUUGAACACAUUUUGUUUUAGUUUAUUACAGACAAUGAGCUUGUAAACUGAAAUAAGCCAGAGAAAUCAUUUAAAACCAAAUCUGCCUACAAAAUUGGCUCCUGCAAUAAAUACUUUUGCAAAUGGGUCUUUCUGAAGAUUGCAAACUCACCAGUGCUGAUUGUGAGUUAAAAAAUAAUAAUCUAUCCAAGGUGAGAAUGUGCUGUGACUAAUAAGCAUGUGUAGUUCCUGUAACACAGUUUGCAAUAAAAUAAGUGAACAAAAUAUACCUGGAGUGAACAGGUAUUUUGUUAGAGAAUUAUUGCUUCCAUCCCUCUGUUUGCUUCAAUUUCAUAAGCAAAGAUUAAUUACGUGCAACUUCCAGUUUUAAACUAUAGUAGCAAAAGCUAUAUCUGGAUCGAUGCAAAUUCAAAGGACAGAUCAGUCUAAGGAAAAAAAAAAGUAUUUUCUAAUUGUCAAUCAAAAGAACUGAAGAAAAUAAUUCCAAAGAGCAAGACUUUUUGGGUAUAUUUUUUUCUGUCAACGGAGAAGGAAAUUUCCUCUAGCAACCAGAAAGAAUUUGAAUUUGCAAUGAACUUGAAACAGGAAAGCAGCAAAAUGUUAAGAAACAGGGAUUAAACCUAACAUUUAGCUGGGGUAUCCUAAGCAGUUACGGAGUUGUGAAAGCCAGCUAAAGAUCCUGCUCCUGUUUGGAAAAUGUCCAUUGACUUCACUGACAGAACAAGUUCCAAUGCUUUUUUCAAAAACGUGGAAGCUCGAGUGCAGAAGGUGCUGUAAGCUGGGACGUACACCACCACCACACAGACUCAGCUAGAAACAAGCUAGGAAACCUUACUUCCCAGGGUCAGUGUUUACGAUAAAACCCCUGCUCUAUUAUUA